AUGGCUUCCGCCUGGUGCUGGAGCUGUCUCUCGAGACUGCGCCCGACAACACGAGCAGUUCUCCCUCCGCCGUCCGCUAUUCCCCGGUUAACGAGUGCCCCCUUCCACUCGUCUGCGGUUCAAUAUGCCCCGCCUCUCAAGAAGAAGUCCAACAGCAUGACUCAAUUGAAGUACCGACAAGGUCAGACUCUGCGGAGGAAGAAGAAGAAGACCCGCAAGGCGUUGCGGAAACGCAUUAUCCUGAGCAACCCCAAUGCUUUGGAGGUUGAGGGUAUGCAGGAGAUUUCAGCAGAGAACAUUGUUGAUGCUCGUCUUCGUGGUUCCGUCCUUGGUCUGCCUGUUCCCAUGCUUGACCAGCUGCGGGCUGUGCAAGCUUUCAAGCCGAAGCAGGGUUGGUCGAUAUUCCGUCGGCCUGGUGCGGUUGUUCGUCGUGAUACCGUUGAAAUGGGUCGUCUCUUUGAGAAGAUCUCUGGUGAGGGCGAUGCUGCUGAGAAGGGCAAGGUCGUUAAGAAGGUCGUUACUGGUACAAAGGGCUCUGGAAAGACUGUGCACCUGCUGCAGGCUAUGUCCAUGGGUUUCUUGAAGAAGUGGGUUGUGGUUACUAUUCCCGAAGCUCGCGAACUUGUCUCUGGUGAUACCGCCUAUGUACCCGUCGAGGGCUCCAAGCCCACCCAAUAUAUCCAGCCCGGCGCCACCUCUGCCCUGUUGAUGCGCACCGUCGAGGCCAACCGCGAGGUCCUAUCCGGCCUCAAGGUCUCACAGAAGCACGAUAUCGCCGGUGUCAAGCCCACUUCGACUCUUGAGGAUCUGGCCAAGCUCGGAUUCCAGGACCCCGCCCUCGCCUGGCCUGUUUUCAAGGCCCUCUGGACCGAGCUGACUGUCACCGCUGCCGCUCCCGGAAUGGAGAAGGACUUCCAGACUCGUCCCCCGAUGCUCGUGGCCGUUGACGGUCUCGCCCACUGGAUGCAUAACAGCGCUUACCGCGACACUGAUUACAAGCUCAUCCACGCGCACGACCUUGUCUUUGUGAAGCACUUCCUCUCCCUCCUGCGCAACGGUCAAGCCGAGCUGAAGAACGGCGGUAUGCUUCUGUACGCCACCUCCACCUCCAACAGCCCCGGUGUCUACGCUCUUGAGGUUGCCCUGGACCAGAUGACCGCUCGCCAGGCUGGCACCAAGCCUACCUCCCCCGAGUACCCAUCAGCCGAGGCAUACAGCAACGCCGACCCCCGUGUCUUGGACCUGUUCAAGCCUAUUGAGGGCAAGGAGCCCCAGAUGGAGCUGCAAACAUUGGGUGGUCUCACCCGUGACGAGACUCGUGGCUACCUCGAGUACUUUGCCCGCAGCGGUCUGCUCCGCGAGCCCGUCAAUGAGAACUGGGUUGGCGAGAAGUGGAGUAUGUCCGGCGGUGGUAUCAUUGGCGAGCUGGAGAAGCUGGGCCGUCACGUCCGCAGUGCGGCUAUUCCUACCCCUGCUGCGAACUGA